CGGGCCAUGAAUAUGGCCUUUGCUGAGUUCGUUAACAAAACCCGACUAACCCAGCCCCUGAUCAAUUUCUGCGUGAUUGUGUAUAUGGAUGAUAUUUUGGUCUUCUCAAAAACACACGAGUACCACGUGGAACACAUCGAGUGGGUUUUGCAUGCACCGAAAGAUGCCGGGUUCAAAGUGGCCUUGGAGAAAAGCGAGUUCUUCUUGUCGGAGAUCUCAUUCUUGGGGUAUAUUGUCACGGUUGACGGACUAAAACCGGAUCCGAGGAAGGUGGCCGCAGUUCAAGACGCCCCGGCGCCGGUCACACUCACCCAGGUUCGGGCUUUUCUAGGGCUGGCAUCCUAUUACCGACGCUUCAUCAAGGGGUUCGCCGGUAUAGCGAAGCCCCUCACGAACGUGCUCAAGAAAGAGGAACAGCUGAUCUGGACGCCGGAAUGCGAAGCGGCGUUUCAGGCGCUGAAGGAGGCUCUGACAUCGGCUCCUGUGUUGGCGCGUCCCGACCCGGCAAGACCGUUCGCACUGCACACAGACUGGCAGCCUCAGGCGAUAUCGGCGGUGCUGACUCAGCGCGGGAAGGACGGAGGGGAGCACGUCGUUGAGUAUGCGUCCAAGACACUGAGCCAGGCACAGGCUAAUUACGAAGCAUGCAAAGGUGAAUGCCUGGCGGUGGUGUGGGGGAUUCAGCACUUCCGACCGUAUCUGUAUGGCCAGAAAUUCGUGCUGGUAACGGAUCAUCAGCCGCUGCUGUCCCUACGCAACAACACGGACUACACGGGGACGUUGGGCAGAUGGGCGGUGCGUUUGCAAGACUAUGACUUCGACAUCCGCCAUCGCGCCACGCGGCAGCAUGGUAACGCCGAUGGAUUAACGCGCCUUCUGCCGCCCAACAAGUGCCCCGCCAACGAGCGACUCAUUCCGUGGAGACCAGAAGUCGCGGCGACGAAACCGCACUACGGAGAGCUACAUGUGCUGCUGUCGGGGAGCAGGAUGAACCAUCACCAGCCGGAGCAUGAGCCCCUGGAGCACUUCCAAACGCCGCUUGCAGACCGCCUGUUGCGGCAUCGGUUUAACGAGGAGAGGCAGUUGCGGUAUGACAUCCAACAGGUGAACGUGCCAGCGCCCGGGGUUGCAGACUUGGCGACAUACUCGUUGCUUUGCGAUCGGCUGACGUAUGCGGGGGUGUACGUGGACGUGACGCAGUUGCCCAGCCGGGAGACGACCCGGAUAUUCAUUGAGUUCCGUGCGCUCCAGGUGGCACCCAAUUUCGUGCACAGCGUCGCCACCUUCAUCGGAGACUUGACGAUCCUCCCGCAGGAGAAUCGGGAGCCGGCGCGCAGCUUUGUGCGCGAGUACGCGGUAGAAGCGGCCAGAUCAGUGGUCAGAGUGCAAGGACAGAGCGGGCACCGAUUCACAACCCACAAAGUGCUGCUGCGUAGGGCCGAGGACGGACCGAUUGCGCUGGUGGUGCAGCUCCCCGCGCUUCUCCCUCCCGCUGCUCCUCUCAACCUCCAAGCUAUUCCCCCUGUCCCGUACUAAAUGCCUCCUUUCUUCUCCUACACCACCCUCCCCUACCAGCUCACGGCGGGCCCUUAUCCCAUGCGCGAGUUCUCAGA